UAAGGAACAACAGAAAAAAAAAAUUAUUCAUUCUUUUUGCCUCUCCACAAUCAGCACAUGAAUGCAUUUUCAUUUUCUUCAUUCGGUUAAAAAUAUUAAAUUAGAGAUUUUGGAGUAAAAGAAUGGAUCUUGCUAUCGGGAUUUCUCCUGGCUGCAAACGACGGCAGCAAAAGAGAAGAAUAAAAAACGAGAAUGAAGGAAUUGGAAGAAGAGAGGCAAGAAGGAAACAUUAAAAGGUGUUAUCAGUCGGAAUGUUCAAUAAAAAUGCAUUAACGAAUUUGAAACGGAAAUAAGUUCUUCUUUGACUUUGUUCUGGAAGCCGUAGGAUGAUGAUGAUGAUUUGGUGGGAAUGUCUCUUAAAUUGGACAUAUUAAGAGUUAAAGUCUCAUGCCAUUGACAAAUUUAAAAUCUCACAAUUUUCAGCGACAGAAAUGCCCAAUUACGAUUAUUUAUGAACAUCAAAUCAUAAAUCCAAACAUUUAUUGAUGUCUUCUUUCACAAGUGCUAUUUUUCAUAUCCAAUUUGAGGCUAUUCAGUCAUUUUUCUCACCUAUCAUAUGACUCGUAAAAGGCGUGAGAUUUUAAUAAAAUGAGUGAUGAAAAAUUAAGUAAUUUUUAAGCGUGGUUAAGAGACAGUUUGGCGAUGUUUAUUAUGAAAAUGUUCUUCUCAUUUGACAUAGGCAUGUAAAAAUAUUUGACAAAUUAACUUGACAAAUAGAAAGGUGUUAGGAACGUUUAUGAAAGUUAUUAAGUGACAAGUUCGUUUUUUGAGGAAAUCAGAUCAGAUUUGGUGAAGAUGAAUGAUGUUGUAGGCACAACAAGAAGACACAUUUACGGAUGUAUAAUGCUAGAAUUUUCCAUGUUUAUUCGUUUAUAUAAAGCAAGUCUUUGCAAAAAGGUCCCGCGCGCAAGUCAAAAAUGUCAGUUGUGUGCCUUAAGAAAGGAGAAAAAGAGCAAAACUUGUAGCCAGCAGCAUCAGCUUAUAUUGUUUCGAAUUGUAGCAAAUUGCAAUUCAACUGUCGAUCAGGCAACUCAUAUGGUGGAAUUCUUAUAAAACAAUUGGCAGCACCAGCAACAACAGCAAGCAUUCAGGCCAAUUUUACCAAAAUUUCAAUGGAAUUUUUUCUUAUUAUUUUAUUCUUUAUUCUUAGUUUUAUUUCUGUGCAAUU